AUGUUCACAUUAAAAAAAUAUUUCUCACCACUUGUGAAUAAGGAUGAAGAACUAAGUUUUCUACAGAUUUUCAAACCUCUGUAUAUUGUACUCGCCGCUCUUGGUUUAUUUCCCCAAACUGUACGAUUCCCCGACGGAAUACAAAAUACCACUUUGAAUAUCAAAAACAGCAUGGUCAACUCCAUGUGUACCUUGUUUAUGAUCAUAACUGUUCAUGCCUUUAUGGUGUUUCACUUACAAGAAUUAAACGUCUCCAGUAAAGAUAACUCCAUGACCGAAGAUAAAAUGACUCUGAUGAGCUACAUUAUUGACCUAGUUAUAGAGAUACUGUUUUGUACGGUUGCGUAUUUCUGCGCGAUUCGUGACAGAAAUUUAUAUGUGACUAUUCUGAACGACAUGGCCGUUUGCUGGGACAGGCUCGCAAUGGGAAAGAGGAGACGGAUUCUAGGACAGUUACGUGUACAGAUCAACUGUGUGGUAUUGGCCACAUUGCUGGCAAUGAUGCUCGUGUUGGCCGUGGCCACAUACACAGGUUAUUCGGGAGUGUGGAAGAUGAUAUUGGUAACUUUAACGUUUGUGUUGCCAGACGUGAUACAGUUUACAAUGAUAGCGUUUUACUUCGUGAUGAUAUUGAUGGUUGUGACGCUGUUAAGGAAUAUCGAGGAGGAGUUUAAAUUGAUUUCGGUUGUGAAGGGUACUGUGGCUAAUGAUUUUGUUGAAGCUCAUUUGGUGGUGAGCAUUAGUGAGAUAAGGGAGAUAUACGUGAAGACGCUGGAGAUAAAGAGGCAGAUAAACGAGGCGUUCCAGGCGCCAUUGCUGGUGGCGAUGGUGGUUUGCUUCCACGAGCUGGUGAGCAUGCCGCACAUGAUCUACCACGGGUUAUCGUUCCAGGCGAACUUCACGACGCACGACGCGGUGGAGUGCAGCGUGUGGGUGAUAAAUCAGUUACUGAAAAUGUACGCGUUGGCUAAAUCGGGUGCUUUGCUGAAAACACAGGUAAAUGAAAUUGGGCGAACUAUUCACAAUAUUCCGAUAAGUGGUGAUCGAGAUUUGAAAAUUUAUUUGGAUGUUCUACAUUUCUCAUCAUUAAUGACGUAUCAGGACACUGCGAUUACAAUUUAUGGAUAUUUCCCUUUGGACUCAACUCUCGUAUUUAAUAUCGUUGCGUCUGCUGCUAUGUAUUUAGUAAUUUUGGUGCAAUUUGAUAAACCAGAGUAAUUAAAACUAAAUACUUUACUCUAUCUUCAAUCAGUACCGUGACUAUACCUGAAUAAUUUGAUGACAUGCAUGGGAAGAUUUAUUUACCAGUUGGACAUCAUAUCAUAUUAUCAACAAAUAUAAAAAACCGGUCAAGUGCGAGUCGGACUCGCUCACCGAGGGUUCCGUACAAACUUUCAAUAGUUGAAUCAUCAAAAUGUUAUUCAUAGAACUCUACAGAUUUUACUA